AUGGGCAGCAAAAGGUGCAGUUUUUUGGGGUAUCUGGAGUUAAUUUUUUUCACAUUUCAUCUUUGCCGUGGAGACAUCAGUUAUUCUGUUCCAGAGGAAAUGAAACGUGGAUCCGUGAUCGGAAAUAUCGCGAAGGAUAUUGGACUGGAUUUGGGCAGGUUGUCCGCUCGCAGGGCGCGCGUGGACUCCGAGGACAACGGAGUCCAGUACUGCAGCGUGAACCUGAACACGGGAGAGCUGGUUGUUCAGGAGAGGAUUGACAGAGAGGGCCUUUGUGCGAAGAAGACUUCAUGUAUUCUGAAACAGGAGCUCGUGCUGGAAAACCCUUUGGAGCUGCAUCGCUUUAAUAUCCGCGUACAGGACAUAAACGACAACGCACCACAAUUUAAAGAGGACACGCUUAAAUUUGAGAUCAGUGAAUCGGCUGUUAAGGGAGCACGAUAUCCAUUAGAUGAAGCUUACGAUGGAGACAUUGGGGAAAAUAGUGUUCAGGGUUACACCCUGCAAGACAACAAACACUUUGCGCUGGACGUUAAAACAAAGAGCAAUGGCCGAAAGUAUAGUGAAUUAGUUUUGGACAAGGAGUUAGAUAGAGAGGAAAAUAACGAGAUCACACUUGUGUUGACUGCGUUUGAUGGCGGCUCUCCUCAGAGAUCAGGCACAGUAGUCAUCCAUGUCACUGUUCUUGACGCUAAUGAUAAUGCGCCAGUGUUUAGUCAGACUGUGUAUAAAGCGAGUCUUCCAGAAAACUCUCCUCCAGAUACACUGGUUAUUACAGUCACUGCUACUGAUGCGGACGAGGGAAUAAAUGGUGAAAUAAUAUAUGGCUUUGACCACCCUUCGGAUGACGACAAAAUAUUUACGUUAAAUCCGUCUACUGGGGAGGUUAGAGUUGCUCAGUCUUUGGAUUAUGAAAAAGAAUCAUCAUAUGAAAUUCAAAUUAGUGCAAAAGAUGGACUUGGACUGGCUUCUUAUGCAACUUUAUUUGUUGAAAUUUCAGACGUAAAUGACAAUGCUCCUGUUAUAUUUCUAAAGUCACUGUCCAAUCAGAUCCCUGAGAAUGUGUCUCCUGGUACAGAGGUGGGCAUCAUUAAUGUACAGGACAGAGACUCAGAGAACAACAGACAGGUCCGCUGCUCCCUUCAGACUGGGGUCCCUUUCAAGUUAGUACCUUCCAUUAAAAACUAUUAUUCUCUAGUGACCACAGAACAGCUGGACCGUGAGCUAGUGUCUGAUUACAACAUUACAAUCAGUGCCACUGACGAGGGCUCUCCCCCUCUGUCCUCCUCUAAAACUGUCCACUUAACUGUAGCUGACAUCAAUGACAACCCUCCUGUGUUUGAGGAGCAGUCCUACAGCGCACAUGUGACUGAAAACAACAAACCUGGCUCCACUUUAUGUUCUGUUGCCGCUCGAGACCCAGACUGGAGACAAAACGGGACAGUGGUUUAUUCUCUGUUACCUGGUGAGGUGAAUGGGGCCCCAGUGUCCUCCUAUGUCUCUGUUAAUGGAGACACAGGGGUGAUCCAUGCUGUGAGGGCUUUUGAUUAUGAACACUUCAGGAGUUUUAAAGUCCAUGUGAUGGCCAGAGACAAUGGCUCUCCUCCACUCAGCAGCAACGUGACAGUCACUGUGUUUAUAUCUGAUGUGAACGACAACUCUCCUCAAAUACUGUACCCCACCCCGGAGGGGAACUCCUUCAUGACUGAACUGGUCCCUAAAGCUGCACAUGCAGGCUCUCUGGUGUCCAAAGUGAUAGCAGUGGACGCAGACUCUGGACAGAACGCCUGGCUGUCCUAUCACAUCGUCAAAUCCACUGAUCCUGGACUUUUUACUAUUGGUCUCCACAGUGGAGAGAUCAGGAGCCAGCGGGACAUCUCUGAGUCUGACAGCAUGAAACAGAACCUUAUUGUGGCAGUGAAGGAUAACGGACAGCCUCCUCUCUCUGCCACCUGCUCCAUGUAUUUACUGAUCUCUGAUAACUUGGCUGAAGUGCCUGAACUCAAGGACAUUUCUUAUGAUGAGAGAGACUCAAAGCUGACAUCCUAUCUGAUCAUUGCACUGGUGUCAGUGUCCACAUUUUUCCUCACCUUCAUUAUUAUUGUCCUGGGUGUGAGGUUCUGUCGCAGGAGGAAGCCCAGACUGUUGUUUGAUGGAGCAGUUGCAAUCCCCAGUGGUUAUCUGCCUCCUAAUUAUGCAGAUGUUGACGGCACAGGAACUUUACGCAGCACUUACAACUAUGAUGGAUACAUGACAACUGGAUCCAGGACAAGUGACUUUAAGUUUGUCUCGUCCUACAAUGACAACACACUGCCUGCAGAUCAGACACUGAGGAAAAGCCCCACUGACUUCUCUGAUGUUUUUGGAGAUUGUGAUGUCUCUCCUGAGGUAGGCACACUUACACUGGUUAUUACAGUCACUGCUACUGAUGCGGACGAGGGUCUGAAUAGUGAAAUUACCUAUCAGUUUGAUGAUCAUGUGUCAAAUAAAGACAGUAAUGCGUUUUCCAUUGAUUCCAAAACUGGACACGUCACGGUGAAAAAUUAUAUUGACUAUGAAAAAACAUCUUCCUAUGAAAUGCCAAUCAGUGCCAAAGAUGGUUUAGGGCUGGUCUCCUAUGCAACUUUAAUGAUUGAUAUCACUGAUGUAAAUGACAAUGCUCCUAUCAUUAAACUGAAGUCAUUGUCCAAUCAGAUCCCUGAGAAUGUGUCUCCUGGUACAGAGGUGGGCAUCAUUAAUGUACAGGACAGAGACUCAGAGAACAACAGACAGGUCCGCUGCUCCCUUCAGACUGGGGUCCCUUUCAAGUUAGUACCUUCCAUUAAAAACUAUUAUUCUCUAGUGACCACAGAACAGCUGGACCGUGAGCUAGUGUCUGAUUACAACAUUACAAUCAGUGCCACUGACGAGGGCUCUCCCCCUCUGUCCUCCUCUAAAACUGUCCACUUAACUGUAGCUGACAUCAAUGACAACCCUCCUGUGUUUGAGGAGCAGUCCUACAGCGCACAUGUGACUGAAAACAACAAACCUGGCUCCACUUUAUGUUCUGUUGCCGCUCGAGACCCAGACUGGAGACAAAACGGGACAGUGGUUUAUUCUCUGUUACCUGGUGAGGUGAAUGGGGCCCCAGUGUCCUCCUAUGUCUCUGUUAAUGGAGACACAGGGGUGAUCCAUGCUGUGAGGGCUUUUGAUUAUGAACACUUCAGGAGUUUUAAAGUCCAUGUGAUGGCCAGAGACAAUGGCUCUCCUCCACUCAGCAGCAACGUGACAGUCACUGUGUUUAUAUCUGAUGUGAACGACAACUCUCCUCAAAUACUGUACCCCACCCCGGAGGGGAACUCCUUCAUGACUGAACUGGUCCCUAAAGCUGCACAUGCAGGCUCUCUGGUGUCCAAAGUGAUAGCAGUGGACGCAGACUCUGGACAGAACGCCUGGCUGUCCUAUCACAUCGUCAAAUCCACUGAUCCUGGACUUUUUACUAUUGGUCUCCACAGUGGAGAGAUCAGGAGCCAGCGGGACAUCUCUGAGUCUGACAGCAUGAAACAGAACCUUAUUGUGGCAGUGAAGGAUAACGGACAGCCUCCUCUCUCUGCCACCUGCUCCAUGUAUUUACUGAUCUCUGAUAACUUGGCUGAAGUGCCUGAACUCAAGGACAUUUCUUAUGAUGAGAGGGACUCAAAGCUGACAUCCUAUCUGAUCAUUGCACUGGUGUCAGUGUCCACAUUUUUCCUCACCUUCAUUAUUAUUGUCCUGGGUGUGAGGUUCUGUCGCAGGAGGAAGCCCAGACUGUUGUUUGAUGGAGCAGUUGCAAUCCCCAGUGGUUAUCUGCCUCCUAAUUAUGCAGAUGUUGACGGCACAGGAACUUUACGCAGCACUUACAACUAUGAUGGAUACAUGACAACUGGAUCCAGGACAAGUGACUUUAAGUUUGUCUCGUCCUACAAUGACAACACACUGCCUGCAGAUCAGACACUGAGGAAAAGCCCCACUGACUUCUCUGAUGUUUUUGGAGAUUAUGGUGGAAAGAAUCCGGACAUUUUUAGAAUACGGAAAAUAAUGGACGGGAAAAGGCAAAUUUUUCUGUGGUAUUUGGCCUUCAUUUUUUUCGAUUUUCAUCUUUGCCAUGGAGACAUCAGUUAUUCUAUUCCAGAGGAGAUGAAACGUGGAUCCGUGAUCGGAAAUAUCGCGAAGGAUAUUGGACUGGAUUUGGGCAGGUUGUCCGCUCGCAGGGCGCGCGUGGACUCCGAGGACAAAAGAGUCCAGUACUGCAGCGUGAACCUGAACACGGGAGAGCUGGUUGUUCAGGAGAGGAUUGACAGAGAGGGCCUUUGUGCGAAGAAGACUUCAUGUAUUCUGAAACAGGAGCUCGUGCUGGAAAACCCUUUGGAGCUGCAUCGCUUUAAUAUCCGCGUACAGGACAUAAACGACAACGCACCACAAUUUAAAGAGGAAACGCUUAAAUUUGAGAUCCGUGAAUCAACUGAGAAGGGAGCACGAUAUCCAUUAGAUGAAGCUUACGAUGGAGACAUUGGGGAAAAUAGUGUUCAGACUUACACCCUGCAAGACAACAAACAUUUUGCACUGACGUUAAAAACAAAGAGCAAUGGCCGAAAGUAUAGUGAAUUAGUUUUGGACCAAAAAUUAGACAGAGAGAGUAAUAACGAGAUCACACUUGUGUUGACUGCGUUUGAUGGCGGCUCUCCUCAGAGAUCAGGCACAGUAGUCAUCCAUGUCACUGUUCUUGACGCUAAUGAUAAUGCGCCAGUGUUUAGUCAGACUGUGUAUAAAGCGAGUCUUCCAGAAAACUCUCCUCCAGAUACACUGGUUAUUACAGUCACUGCUACUGAUGCUGACGAGGGAGUGAACGGUGAAAUAAUAUAUGGCUUUGACCACCCAUCGGAUGACGAUAAAAUAUUUACGUUGAACCCGUCCACUGGGGAGGUUAGAGUUGCAAAAUCUAUAGAUUAUGAAGAAGAAUCAUCAUAUGAAAUUCAAAUUAGUGCAAAAGAUGGACUUGGACUGGCUUCUUAUGCAACUUUAUUUGUUGAAAUUGUAGAUGUAAAUGACAAUGCUCCUGUUAUAUUUCUGCAAUCACUGUCCAAUCAGAUCCCUGAGAAUGUGUCUCCUGGUACAGAGGUGGGCAUCAUUAAUGUACAGGACAGAGACUCAGAGAACAACAGACAGGUCCGCUGCUCCCUUCAGACUGGGGUCCCUUUCAAGUUAGUACCUUCCAUUAAAAACUAUUAUUCUCUAGUGACCACAGAACAGCUGGACCGUGAGCUAGUGUCUGAUUACAACAUUACAAUCAGUGCCACUGACGAGGGCUCUCCCCCUCUGUCCUCCUCUAAAACUGUCCACUUAACUGUAGCUGACAUCAAUGACAACCCUCCUGUGUUUGAGGAGCAGUCCUACAGCGCACAUGUGACUGAAAACAACAAACCUGGCUCCACUUUAUGUUCUGUUGCCGCUCGAGACCCAGACUGGAGACAAAACGGGACAGUGGUUUAUUCUCUGUUACCUGGUGAGGUGAAUGGGGCCCCAGUGUCCUCCUAUGUCUCUGUUAAUGGAGACACAGGGGUGAUCCAUGCUGUGAGGGCUUUUGAUUAUGAACACUUCAGGAGUUUUAAAGUCCAUGUGAUGGCCAGAGACAAUGGCUCUCCUCCACUCAGCAGCAACGUGACAGUCACUGUGUUUAUAUCUGAUGUGAACGACAACUCUCCUCAAAUACUGUACCCCACCCCGGAGGGGAACUCCUUCAUGACUGAACUGGUCCCUAAAGCUGCACAUGCAGGCUCUCUGGUGUCCAAAGUGAUAGCAGUGGACGCAGACUCUGGACAGAACGCCUGGCUGUCCUAUCACAUCGUCAAAUCCACUGAUCCUGGACUUUUUACUAUUGGUCUCCACAGUGGAGAGAUCAGGAGCCAGCGGGACAUCUCUGAGUCUGACAGCAUGAAACAGAACCUUAUUGUGGCAGUGAAGGAUAACGGACAGCCUCCUCUCUCUGCCACCUGCUCCAUGUAUUUACUGAUCUCUGAUAACUUGGCUGAAGUGCCUGAACUCAAGGACAUUUCUUAUGAUGAGAGGGACUCAAAGCUGACAUCCUAUCUGAUCAUUGCACUGGUGUCAGUGUCCACAUUUUUCCUCACCUUCAUUAUUAUUGUCCUGGGUGUGAGGUUCUGUCGCAGGAGGAAGCCCAGACUGUUGUUUGAUGGAGCAGUUGCAAUCCCCAGUGGUUAUCUGCCUCCUAAUUAUGCAGAUGUUGACGGCACAGGAACUUUACGCAGCACUUACAACUAUGAUGGAUACAUGACAACUGGAUCCAGGACAAGUGACUUUAAGUUUGUCUCGUCCUACAAUGACAACACACUGCCUGCAGAUCAGACACUGAGGAAAAGCCCCACUGACUUCUCUGAUGUCUUUGGAGAUUGUGAUGUCUCUCCUGAGACCUUUAGGGUUUGA